AUCAAUUGUUGUUGUAAAUAAAUACUGAUUGUUAUUUAAAAUAUUUAAAGUAUAUUUUAGUAAUAAACAUUAAAAGCAAUUUUGUCAUGUGUACAGUGGCGCUUCUGGAAAAUUGUAAAGCAUCAAGAAAGUCAUACACUCAAUACAAAACACUCGUCAUGAAAUGCUUCUAAUGCACUUCCAUGCGUGAAAAAAAAAAUAAAUGUCGUGCAAAAUUUCCAUAGUUAAAUGACUAUUCUAUGAAUAUUAUUGGUUAAUAAAAAGUGAUAUGAUAAUAGUCAUACACUCGUGAUUAUAAAAUUAAUUAUCUCAGUUAUUUCAUUAAAAAAAUUAAAUUAGUAAUAACAGUGUCACUGUAUAUCAAUAAAAUUAAAAAAAAAAAAAAAAAAAAAUUAAAUAAUUUAAAAGCUAAUAAUUGUUAAUGUAAAUUAAAAAAAAAAUUAUUUACAAAAUUAUAAUUUUCUAUUAUCUGUGUAUAUAUUACAUAUUGUAUACGUGAUUUGUGUGUGAGUGUGUUGGUUUUUUUUUUUUUUUUAUAAUAAAUAUAUUAUAAAAAUUAUAUUGAGUAUCUGAUGAACUUGUCUAUUGAACCUCCGGUGAUAAGAUGGCUGUUCAACUGGAUAGCGGGGGAAAAGAAGACUUGAAAACACAAUUUGUUACACGUGAAGGUAUAUAUAAAUUAAUGACAUUAUCAGAAUAUUCGAGGCCAAAUAGAGUUGGCAAUACAGAUACAAGAGGUAGUGCAUCAGUUCGUGUGUCAUUUGUAACAUUACCGGAUCCAGCUGAUCCUGCUGGUAUACAAGGACUUGGUGAUCGUAUGUGUUUUAAUUUUGGCAAAGAAUUAUAUGUAUACCUUUAUCGUGGUGUUAAAAAGGCAGUGGAUUUAAAUAAACCCGUUGAUAAAAAAUUAUACAAAGGUACAAAUCCAACAUGUCAUAAUUUUAAUCAAACAACAGCAACAGCUGAUAUUGCACCAUUACUUGUUGGUUUUUCAACUGGACAAAUACAAUUAAUUGAUCCAAUAAAAAAAGAAUUAAAUAAAUUAUACAAUGAAGAGAGGCUCAUUGAUAAAACAAAAGUAACAUGUAUUAAAUGGGUACCAGGAUCAAGUAAUUUAUUUAUUGUAUCACAUAGUUCUGGACAAUUAUAUUUAUAUAAUUGGGAAUUACCAUGUGGCACAACACCACCACAUUAUCAACCAUUUAAAUCUGGUGAUGGUUAUGCAAUACAUACAUGUAAAACAAAAUCAACAAGAAAUCCAUUAUAUAGAUGGGUUAUUGGUGCUGAUAAUUGUUGUAUUAAUGAAUUUUCAUUUAGUCCAUGUGGUACAAAUUUAGCUGUUGUAUCACAAGAUGGUUUUUUACGUGUAUUUCAUUAUGAUACAAUGGAAUUAGUUGGUUCAGCACGUAGUUAUUUUGGUGGUUUUUUAUGUGUUUGUUGGUCACCAGAUGGACGUUAUGUUGUUGUUGGUGGUGAAGAUGAUCUUGUAACAAUAUGGAGUUUUAUUGAUAAACGUGUUGUUGCUAGAGGACAAGGACAUCAUAGUUGGGUUAGUGUUGUUGCAUUUGAUCCAUUUACAACAUCAUAUUGUGAACCUGAUGGUGAUUUUAGUGGUUCAGAUGAUGAAACAAUAACAUUAACACAAAAUAAUCAUAAUAAUCAUUAUAAUAAUGAUAAAAUUAAACGUAUAUCAACAGCAUCACAAAAUUUUAAUACAUCAUCAAAUAGAAAUUCAUGUAGUUCUGAAUUAAAAGUACCUGGUAGUACAUGUUAUAGACUUGGUAGUGUAUCUGAAGAUACACAAUUAUGUUUAUGGGAUAUUACUGAAGAUGUAUUAAGACAACCAGUAUGUACAAAACAACGUCCAUCAACAACAAGCUCUGGUACAUUUUCAACAACUGGUAUAUUUACAAGUGGUAAUGGUACAGCAACUACAAAUCAUCAUCAUAAUCAUUCAAAAUAUAAUAAUAAUAUUAAUAAUACAAGUUUAUCAAAAGAUACAACAACAACAAUUGGUGGUGUUAUUAAUAAUGAUGCAAUUUUUAAUAAUACCAAUACAAAUAAUUAUUCUUCAAGUAAUAAUACAACAUCAUCAUCAACAACAGCAACAGCAACAGCAACAACAUCAUCAGCAGCAAUAACAACUACAGCAACAACAACAGCAGCAGCAGCAGCAUCAACAACAACAAAUGUUGCUGUAUCAACAGUUAAUUCAAUAACACAAAGAUUUGCUGGUCUUGGUUUUGGUAGUGAUCGUUGUAAAACUAGUGAUAAUCAUAAAAGAAAUUUUAGUUUAACAAUGCGUGGUAGUAGUACAAGUAACAAUAGUAAUACAUCAACAGUGCAAAAUAAUAAUGGUGGUAGUAGUAGUGGUGGUGGUGGUGAAAAAUCAACAAGUAGUAAUAAUACAACAAAUGGUAACAAUGCUAAUAAUUUUAUCAGUGGUAUUGGUGGUGGUAGUGGUAAUAAUAAACAACAAAAUACUUCUGUGAUGGAUGAUCCAAUGAGGUUAAUUGGUACAUCAUGGUGUCCACGUUUUGAUGAGUGUCCAGUACUUGAACCACUUGUUUGUAAAAAAUUGGCACAUGAAAGACUGACUGAAUUAGUAUUUAGAGAAGAUUGUUUUGUAACUGCUUGUCAAGAUGGAUAUGUUUAUACAUGGGCAAGACCUGGUCAUAUGGUAGGUCCAUUAACAAUAAACAGCACAUUGCACAGGCCAAAUCAUCAUAACAAUAGUAAUAAUCACACGAAUUUUAAUUCAAUGCGACUGAAUGAUCUAUGAUAUGUCAAUAUUCAACUUAUCAAUUUUAUUAUUCAUCUAUUAUUAUUUUAUUUUUUUUUUUUUUUGUUGAUUUAAUAUUUUUUUCUUCAUUGAUUUAUAUAUAAAUUUAUUACAAGUUUAUUAUUUUUUAUUUUGUAAAUAUUAUUUUUACAUUAUAAUAAUUAUUUUUCAUUAGACAAAUUUUAUUAUACAAUAUUAAUCAAAUUAUAGAAGAUCUGUAACGUUUUUUUUUUUUUUUUUCUUUUUUUAUGGCAUAUAUUUAAAUAUUAUAUUCAUUUAUUAUAAACUUUAUAUUAUUUUUAUUAUUAUAUUAUUAUUUAGUAUAUUUUUUUUUUCGUACUUUGAUAUCAGAGAAACAAAAAAUACAAAUUUGAAUUGGAAAUAAUAAAUUCUUAAGUUUAAGUGUAAUUAAUUAAUAAAAAGUCGUUUUUUUUUUAAAUAUUUACUAUUAGCUAUUAUUACUUUAUAUAAAAAAAAAAAUAUUUUUUGUUUGUUAAUGUGCCAUUGUUUACAAUAAAGAGUAGAGCGUUAGGGAUCUUCUGAUAUUUUGUAAAUUUAAAAAACAAUAAUUGAAAACGAAAAAAAAUAUGCAAAAAAAUGAUCAAUAAUAAGAAUAAUUUUUUUCAACAUUUUUUUAGAUUUAAAUAAUAAGAAUUAAAAUAUUAAAAUAAUUAUUAUUAUAUUAUAAAUAUAUUUAUGUCUGGUUUGCAUAUUUUUGUGGAUCCCAUCCGUCUCUCUCGAAGAGAAAAUUUAAAAAAAAAACAAAAAAAAAAAAGGGCGGGACCCUUAAAAAUACACGAACAAACAAUAACAAAUAUAAAUAUUUAAAAAAAAAAAAAAUCAACGAUCACAAAAAAUUAUUUGAAUUGUUCUACUGUAUGCAAAAAGAAAAAAAAAAAAAAAAAAAGAAGUAGCAUAGUUGUAGACAAAUAUUUGUAGUAAAAGCAAAAAAAAAAAAAAGAAAAAUCAAAUUCAUGUAUAAUGGACUUUUUCUUUUUUUUUU